GUGCCGUUCUAGUACAUCGACGGUGAAGGAGAAAGGAUCCUCAUAUCACCACAGUACCAAAGCCUCAGCGCCAGCUGACAGCAAGACCAGUUCCAAGGGCGAUGCCGAUGGCGCCAGCGACGGUAGCAGCAGUACAGUGAAGGAGAAGACGAAGAAAAGUGCCAGCGCCAGUGGUGGAAGUGUAACGGGAAGAGGUGGUAGUGGCGUGACACCCGAAACUACGGCCACGAAACACCCGGCAGCAAGCAGUAGUAGUGGUAGUAGUGGCCGGAACAAGGACGGAAAAGCAAAACCAGUGAAGAGGAGCAGUAUCAGUAGUAACGGUGUCGCGGAACAAAAAGAAGUGAAGCGCAGCCCAGUGACAAACAGUGCGAAAAAGCAAAAAUCAGCAAAACAACCGGAACCAAUGGUGGACAAUACGGAUCUCGAUCCCGAUCCGGAUCCUCCGGAAAAGGGUAAAAGUGGUGCGACUCACGGUGGCAAAAACUUGAAGCGAAAGCAUAAAGAAAAGGAGAAAGUGAGUGGUGGUAAGGCGGCAAAAAGUAGAAAAAUCAAAUCGGAAUCAAGUGACGAUCGCAGUGAUACGGAGAUGGUGGAAGAUCACGAGAAAAGCACGGUCGUGAAGCGUGGUGGAGGUGCUGGUAGUAAAGAGGAGAAGGAGGACGAUGAAGAAGAGGAUGAAGAUUGGGACGAUGGGCCCGAUCGUAAACGUUUUAAAAAGGAGCGUUCGGAUCGUAGUGCCGGUAAGAAAGUGAAGCGAGAGCGCACCGAUCAAACGACGACUGGUGAAGAUCGUGAGGAUACCAAAGUACUACCGGUAACAACGUGCACGGCACCGGUGCAACCCAUUGCGGGCAUUGACCGACGAUCGAGCAGGGAGGUGGAACAAGAAGAAGAUUAUCCAGUGUACGAGAGCAAGAAAAAGGCCGCCAUCAAGGCACUGCAGCGCCAGGAGAAGGAAAAGAAGAAAAGCAUUGCAAAGUCGAAGAAAGAUGAGAAGAAAGGCAAAGCACCUGCUUUACCGUCCGGUCCGGCACCAGCUUCUGUCAGCAACUCCAACGCUUCCAGUGGUAAGGCAGUGAAAUCGAAGCCAGAACCGUUUUCCCCUCCCGAACGAUCGUUGUCCCGUUCACCGAGCCGCCCGUUGACACCAACAGUACGAUCACCUUCGGCGUCCAGUAACCGAGGUGAGAGUCUAACGCCAAAACAGCAACGCACCAGCAGCGGUGAGCCAGCGAAAGCAUCUAAAUCGAAGAAAAAGACAAAAGUGAAAAAGGAAUCGGCCACUGGCUCAGAACACACUCCGAAACAUGACAAAAAAGGCGCCAAGGAGGGCAAGUCUGUAACGGCGGACCGUACUGCGGUGGACAAAAAAUCGAAGAAGAGCGUAUCGCCAUCGAAAAGUAAGCCUAAACAAAAGCAGCAGCAGAGUGCUACUAGUAAAGCGAAGGUUUUAGUCGAACACGAGAGCGACGAUGGGGAAGAGGUUGAAGAAGAGAAACCAAUGGUUCCGAAUUCAACGGCCGUGGAUAGCGAUGACGAGGACUACCAAGCCAGUCGCAAACCAGAAUCACACAAACGCCAACAGAACACAUCCGUUGAGGAGCAGGACGAUGAUGGGCAGCUAACUGAUGAUAGUGGUGGUGGUGGUGGUGGUGCCGCUAAGUCUCGUUCUAAAAAAUCAGAAAAAUCAAAGAACAAGAAAGCGAAAGCCUCCAAACAAAAGACGAUCGUCGGCGAUGACGACGAUGACGAUGAUGAGGAUCAUAAUCGUUCGGGACAUCAACGGGAUGGAAGCAAGAAGGCAAGCAAGGGCAAACAGAAGGGAAAAGACAAAAAAUCUCACAAAAAGGACAAAACAAGUCGGGAAAAGAAAAAGUCUAAAGGUUCUGCUGCUGCUGCUGCUGCUGCUGCUGCCGCUGCCGCCAACGAACAACACCGAGCCCCAGCAUCCAGUGGUGCUGAAGAUGAUGAAGCGGAAGACGAUGCACCGUUUGAAGAUCGUCCAUCUCGACAGCACAGCAAGGCAACCGAUGCAGAGAAUAGCAGAGGUGGCGCCAAAGGUGGUGUAAAGCAACAGGCAAGCAAAGAGGCCCGCGGACGCGCCUCAACCCCUACACUAGACCACCGGCGAUCACGAUCAGGAACGGUUUCACGAUCGCCUAGUCCGGUUGCUUCGUACUAUUCCGACGAGGACGACCAGUCGGUUGGUGGUGACGCACGCAAAGGCUCCUUCGAUCGGCCUAUAACGCCCGAUAUUAAAGACAAGUUUGAUCUCAUCAAAGAGCGCCGUAAUCGAGCUGCGGCGGCGGCGGCUGCUGCUGCCGAAAGUAAAGCAAAGGCCAAACAAACCAAAGCCAAAGUGAAAGAGAGCGCCGCAACCGCAGGUGGCAACGGCGGCACUGGUGGCAAAAAGACAGGGAAACAGAAAGCGUCGAACCGUGGGCAUCAGAAACAACCACAGCAAGAGCAGCAACAGCAGCAGCAACAGCGGUUAAACGUGCCCGAACAACCAGCUACCGUGAGCAAGCAUCCCAAGAAACGUCACCAGCAGCAGCAUCAGCAAGAUCAGGAGAAUGAAAAACCGACGGUUGGUGGUGGUGAGGUUGGUCGCACACCGAACAAAGCGAUGCCUGCAACCGCCAAGGGAAAAAAGAAACGGGACAAAUCGGCGGAAUUUAGCGUGCCUACUGCUCCAAACGCUGCCCAAGAUAGAAAGCGUCCGUUUGGAGAUUCCAAAAAGGUGGAUCGUAGCAGCGAGUACGAGUUCGUGGAUGACGUCGGUGCUGCACAGACCAACAGUGCGACUGCGGCCGAAUCCACCCGCUCAGAGAGUGAUAAACGUAGUGCGGGCCAAAAACGAUCAACAGCAGCGGUUGGAGGAGGAGGAUCAUCGUCGACCCCGAAACAGCCGAAAGUGAGCACGAAAUCACCUGCAAGGUCUCCAGCAACGUUUAAGGGACAGGCAGGAGCAACGCUCCAAAAAGGCUCCAACGCCCCAGUGCCCGGUGGAGCCAACAUGGAGGAGCUGGAGCUGGAAACGGAACAAACACUGAAAGACAUUAACAAAUGGCUCGAAAAUACGCCACGUUUUACAGAGUACAGCUCGGCCAGUAACUCUCCCUCACGCUACAUCAUGGAUGAUUUCGAUCCUGUUCCGGUUAAGAUCGAAGCGGCCGAUUUCCGGAAACCGAUACCACUUGCCCAGCUACCGCCCGCGGCUACGACGGUGAGUGAACCGAGCGAGAAGCGUAUGUCGAGCACAACAGCGAGUCCUCUUCGUGGUGCCAGUCCCGGUCUUGCCGCUAUGGCCGCUCCACCAACCGCAUUCUUACCGAAGGCACCACUGCCGGGAAAAGCAACAAACACGGAACGAUCGAAGGAAAGCGUACCUUUGUCCCAAUCGACAAGCAACGCCGGUGAAACAUCGUUGAAGGAAAACUCCUCUUCUGCUGCCCCUACGAUCGCCAAAAACACCGGAUCCAGCAGUAGCAGUAGCCAGCAUACGAUCCUCGGUCCACCACCGAUCAUACCUCCGCACUCGCAGAAGAAGGAACCGAAGGAACCGAAACGUAAAACGCUGAAGGAGAAACUGUCGCAACUUGGUGGCCGCAAACGUGAUCUUCACCGAACCAUUGAUCGUUUGCAGCCGGGCAAAACCAAGGGAAACCUAAUUGGGACGAUUCAGAAUCUGAACAAACCGGACGAACUGUUCGCGCUCGGUGCUGCUGGUGGUAGUGCGAGUGGAUCCGGUGGUGCCAUUGGAGCCGGCGGUACUGGCAGCGCUAGUGGUCCGCUCGGUAAGUUCAAGGAGGUGAAAAAUGCUCUGAUCGUACAGACCGAUGAAUCGAAACCGAAGCUUAGCCUAGGGACGGUCCUCAAUACGGAAGGGUUCGGUAUCGUACAGCAGCACAACUUUGCCGAUGACGUGAAGGACGACGAUGAUGAUGACGAUCGCCGGAUCGGGGAGGAUAGCGGGGAGAAGAAGCGAAGCGAUGCCAUUAAUCACAAGCUGAAGGGUGACGAGGAGAAGGAUCACGAUAAGAAGGAUUCUUCCGCGAUCAAUUCUUCGUCGUCCGCUAGUAAGCUAUCGUUAGGAACAACUGCCACGACGGUUGAAGCCAGCCCGAGGGACAAAGAGUCGGAGGAGAAAAGCGGAACGGGUGCGAUGGAUAGUGGGAAGAUGAGCAAAGAUCAUGGUGAUCAAUCGGGCAAGAAGGAAAGUGUGCCAAAUGCAAAAACCUCAUCAUCGGCGUCGUCGUCACUAGAGGAGGGCAAGGAUGGUGGUGCCAAAGGAUCAACGGACAAACCGGCUGCAACGCCAAAUUUAAGUGCCUGGUUCAAGGCAUUUGGAGCGCCCAAGAAACCGAAAAAGCCAGAUGAUACCGAAGAAACGGGUAAAGGAUCACCGGCAAGUGAGAAGGGGGGUGGUAAAGGUGGUGGAGCUCACGAUCACACACCGCCUUCGUCGGAAUCGUCUUUAGGCGGAGGAUCCGGAGCCGCAGCAGGGUCCGGAGUGUCGCACAGUUUGGAAAGUCCCAACUAUCCGAUUCUUCCGGCGCCACCUCGUCAGCGUAAGGCCAGCACCGGUAGUACGGUGAGUGAACGGUCCUCGUACAGCCAGGAUCCGGACAGUCCGCGGAUCGGUAUCGAUGAACGGAUUGGAGGUUAUCCAGCACCGUACCCAAGUCCGAUCGGUGCCUCGCCGAUCAUGACUUCACCAAAGUUGGAUGAAUCGCAAAAGAGCCCCUACCAUCCCAUGAAUGGUGCGAUCAAAGUUGGCUUCUAUCAAGAUACGACGCAAAAGAGCAGCCCUGAGAAAAGUUGCAGCCCGCGUGAUCUGCCAUCGCCCUAUCCACAGUAUUCGCAGCAUCUCUACACGGCCAAUACUGCUGGAACGGCGGCGAAUAUCACUGGCAGUGGUUCCAUGUAUGGCAGCUACACCGGUUACGGAGCAAACACCAGUUCUUCUACGACCGCUGGUGCUGUAACCGGGAACAACUCAAGCACGAAUGCACCGCCUACUGGUGGAAGCAUAACCGGAGCUGGUGCUGGUGGUGGACCUGGGAAUGGCAGUACCGCGGCAGGUAACACGACGGUAGCAGAUACUUUCAAGGGCUACGGAAAGGACAUGAAGUCUCCGGUGGAUUUCUACGAUCAGUACAAACAACCGGCCUCGCAGGAGUCCGAUUACAACUCUUCAAUGAGCCCCAGUACAAAUCCCAACUCUCCAUAUCACAAUCCGGCCUCCUCGCCGUACCAACAGCAACCGAAUUCGCCUUCCUGUUAUCCGCAGCCAUCACAGGCCGCCUCUCCCUAUGGGCAUCAGCAGCAACCGCAACAGCAGCAGCAGCCAUUGGCCUCACCGGCUUCCUCCGGGGGAGCACUUUCGCCUUACAGUACGAGUUCUGUCACUCCUAAUCCCACAACGAUACCCCACAGCCCCGCCGGGCAGAGCGGGCAGCUGGGAGGAGGACAUUCACCGUACAGCAGCAGUAGUUCGGUACAGGCCGGCCACUCGCCUUAUCACAGUGCAACAGUCAGCAAUAACCAGUCGGGAGUUAAUCCAGCUGCCACCGGUGGUCCGCCCAAAUCCAAACCAAACACACCGCUACACCAGAGUCCCAACUCGCCAUUUUCUCAGUCGAACCAAAGUUCACCCUAUUCGCAGCAGGAUCCCAACUCACCCUACUCCCAAGGCCAACUGUCACCAUUCCAACCGAUGUCUCCAAAGCCGCCUCAGCCGUCAGCAAUUGCGAAUAGUGCGGGCACGCAGAGCACGAUCAAGCUGGCACCUCCCAUCAUCACGCCUCAGCAGGCGGCGGCUGCAGCUGGUGUGAUACUGCCUCCUGACUCCACAGCCGCCCAUUCGCAAUCGAAUGCUGUAGCACAAAACUUGGCAACGGUUCCGUCGCAGCAAGCGUCGGCUUCUGCAACGCAGCUUGUUGGUCAACAUCAGUCUUCCGCAAGCCCGUGGGGCCAUCAAAAUCAAUACAAUCCGUAUCAUCCGGGAACCGGGAGCGAGUCCGGUCCGGAAAGCAACGCGUUGUCAAUGCCACCGGCACCUGCUCACAUGCCAACGACGUCUUCAUCAUCUUCUCAACAACCACAGCAAGCUCACCAUAACAUCCAUCAGCAUCCCUCUCCGGCUCACGCUCACACACAACAGCAACAAUCACAGCAGUUGCAUCAACAACAACAGCAGCAGCAGCAACAGCAACAGCAACAACAACAGCAGCAGAAUCAACAACAUCCAUCGCAACAAACGCAUCAUCAUCAGGCACAGCAUCAUGCGCAUCACGGUCUGUCGACGGUUGGGCAGCAGUCGCAGCAAAGCCAGCUGGGUAGUUUACUGAUGGGUGGUCAAAGCAAUCCUUACGCUUCCACUUACGGCCGACCGUACGACCUAAACUCGGCUUCAGCUGCUUCAUCGUCUGCAGCUGCAGGUGGCUCGACCCUUGAUCAGCACCAUCAUCAGCACCAUUCGGCACCACAUCAUCAUCCUCAACAUUCACAUCCGCAGCAGCACCAGCAGCAGCACCAACCGCAUCAUCAGCAUCACCAACAACAACAACCAUCGAAAGGACCGGAAAUGAUUAAUCUUGGGUACAGUGAGCCCGAAUCAUCGACGGGUGGAAGCAACAACAGCGUGACUAAACAACAGGAUGUUCCUAUGAACAUGGAAGCAACCGCCGCGGGUGGUGGCAAACAGAACAGCAAAUCCAUCGGAGGAGGUGGCGGCGAUGGAAAGCAACAACCGUUCGAUGCUCACCAUGUGAGUUACGGGGCACCGAUGGAUGCUUCGAUUAGCAAAUCGAAAGCAUUCGAUAUGUUUAAUCGCGCUGCAACGAUGAGCUUCCCGCGUGGAUUCGGAACCACCAAUCAUGGCGCCGUACCGUCGAGUGGCGGAUCUUCCGGUUAUGAUCACCAUGGGAACAACAUGAAUAAAGCGCACGAACAACACCAACAGAAUAGCGGCGCUGGUAGUGUGUACAAUCUGCAAUCUGGCGGUCCCACAGGACCAACGACGGGGCCACAAGGAGGCGGAACGGCUGGUAGUAAGGUGGCUGGCUCUUCUGAUUUAUUGUUGCCACGGUACGAUCAACGUAGCCCGCAACAACCACACGGUAGUCUACACGGCCAUCAGCAGCAACCUGUCAACAACAACAUGGAUCUCAGUAACAGUAGCACAGGUUACAAACCGUACAGCUCAACCGCAACCAGCUCAGCCGCCGGGCUAAUGGAUUCAUCCAUCCGUAAUUUGAGCUCACUUUCGUCACUCUAUAACCCGGACGAUCGGUUAUUAGGCCCCCCGGGUACAGUCGGUAACCCAUCGUCGUCGGGCGGAUAUUACGAUAAAAGUAUGCCCCCGGCCGCUCACAUGUACAAUAAGAACCUGCAUCCUUCAUCUUCCGUCAGCACUGCGGCAACGACAUCGGUACUGCAGCAAAUGUUUAACAGUACAAUGGCGUACAGUGCCGCUGCGGCAGCCGGUCGUAGCGAGCAGCAUCAAAAUACGGGCUACGGAUCGGGACCACCUGGUGGUUACCAUCACCCUCAGCAACCGCAACAGCAACCAAUGAACGCAGCAUGCGUUGCCUCACAGAAAAUGGCGAACGAACCACAAGUGCCGGUGGCUCCACCAGCGAAACCAAAGCGAACGCGCAAGAAAAAGGAUCAAAACCAACAAGAUCUUCUGGCGCAACAGCAACAGCAGCAGCAGCAACAACAACAGCAACAACAACAACAACAGCAGCAGCAGCAAUCGCUACACCAACAGCACGCGCAUCAGUUACAUGCUCACCAGCAGCAUGGUUUCCCAGCUUACCCCGGGCUGAAACCAACUUCCGCCAACACAUCGGCCUCCGGUGGUACCGGUACAUCAUCCGUAUCUAGUAACAUCGGUGGUGCGAACAGCAGCGCUGGGGCAGGUGGUAACCAUUCCGGCAGCGGUGCCGAAACGUCUGCCAUCUCACUGAAAACGGCCAAUGUGGUACCGGGUAGUGCCUUCAAUUUUGGUCCCGGUCCAGCAGGGCUCGGAUUGCCUGGUAGUCUGUACAGUGAUACCUCGAGCAGCGCCCCGUACCUUGACGACGCAUAUCGCAACUCUCAGAACCCGUACUACCAUUUACCACCCAGCCUACGGGGGACAACGGGCGAUGAUAAGCUAUCGGUGGUGAACGCUGCAGGGACAUCGCAAUCGGCAGCACCGGGAACGGUGGCGGCGGCCGCUGCCGUAGCAGCAGCAUCUGUCGUUCAUCCACCACCGCCCACCGCCUCACCGUAUCAUCCAUUCCUGGCAUCGCAACACAGCUCCCGGCCGUAUCAGUUCAUCAAUCAGCUGGACCCGAUCCAUCAGCAAUACUUCCGCCAGGAGGAGCUUCGCGCCCAGAUGAUGCUGAAUCAGGGACUACUGGGACCACCGGGUACUGCUCCGCCCAGUGCUUACGGGCAACCGAGCUAUCAUCCGGCAUUGGGGAUGCACAAACCGUAUGAUGCCAUGAACAGCAUGAACCGUUCUCCGUUCCUUUAACGGCAACCGGCCUAAGGAACAACUUCCCAGUGCUCUGGCACACCAUGGCAAACAAACCAUGUGAAAGCACAAACACAACAAUCGAUCAGCAGGUUUAUAUCGGUAAUCUCAAGAUCUGUUUCGUGUCCAUAACUGAUAUGUGUUAAUUAUUUAAACUCUAUUCUCGUUUCUGUUCCGGCAAACACAAUACUCAACGUUUCAAAAGUGUGUACUGUACUGUGGACAUGGUGUAACAGCUAAAUUUUUUUUCUUCUUUUUUUUGUAAAUUCGUCUGUUUUUGGUAUGCGUUAUUGAUAUAACUCUAGCUCACAUUGGUCUUAUGUGAGUGUUAACCGGGCAAAGCCAACUAGGAAACAUGCAAUACAUAAUAGGAGCCAUUCAGAGACAGAUGCAAAAGUGUUUAAAGCAGUUUAUGGCAAUGUUCUUUCUGUUUGGAAAAGAUUAUUUCAUUUUUCUUACACUGAGCGAACGGAAAUCAUUGUGAACCGUGUGUUAUCGUCAAAGGUCGAACCCUGCAUGGGAUGCAUCGGUGUGUUGUGUUUAGUUUGUUGAAUUUGCAUAUGAGAUUUUCUUUUUUGUGUUCUAUUAUUAGCGAACCACCACGCUAUCUCGUACAAAUUUUAGUGUAAACUUGUGUUUGUUUUGUUCGUACACUUCAACUGUUCAAAAUGGUUGAAAGGUUCGUUUUAAGGUCCAUAUUGCACUAUUUAUCCAACUCAUCUUACGGUUGGGUUCAUCCGAUCUUGAACUAUAAGCGCAAAACGCGAAAGAAAUGGUUUCAGACGAACAAAAACGUUUACUCACCAAAGAGUAGGCUUACAAAAACUGUGCUCGCGACCACGUUGUGUAGGUAUCGCCCCGUGGCUGCAGUUUUUGUUGCUUUAAGAAACUUCGCCAGCCUUGUACGAUUAGAAACAAUAACAACCUGAACAACCCUCCCCCCAUUGGACAGGCGGCGGAUCACAUUCCUACGGCUUGAUAGAGGAAUACGUGUUAGCUUGCGUAUUCAUAUCGCGAAGCGCGUAGCGUUCGACCAGUAACAGCGUACCGUAAAUAACAAUUGGGGGAAUAAUGUGUAGUGUUAAAGUAAUAAUUGAAUUAUGCUACUUGGACAUAGUAAUAUUGAAGCCGUUUCACAUACAAAUGGGACAUUAAGCAACUCUCAGCAAGGAGCAGAAGUAUGAAAAUCGAAAAAUACCGGUAGUAAUAGAUAGAGAGAGAGAGUAUCCUGUACUGUACGCCUUAUUUAUACCUAUAACUCCAGAAGCAGGAAUAUGAAAAAAACAAAGCACAUAGAAUCUAGAAAUGGACGGGAAUAACGUAGCAUAAUAUUAAUUCGAUUAACUGAAAACGACGAUGCGCAUUAGAUGUCAAAUAUUAAUCAAAAUCGAUUGAAGAGAAGGUGUUUAUUUAUACCUGAUGUUUCGUAGAAAAUUCAAAAGCGUACCUUUUUCGAUCAUAAACAACCACUCUCUCGGCACACCGAAGUACUGUAGGAGACGAUCUGUUUUAGGAUUACCCCUUGAAUGGACGAUGAAUCAUAAAGUUACAUUGUAGGAAAAAAACGAGGAACAAUAGCGUGGUAGCGAAGUAUAGCGAAACGGCGGUAUCAUUGGAGCAAAUGGAAAUUAAGCAGACAUUAUUAUUGAAUAGCUUGUCUACAUGGUGUAAAAGUACAACGUUCUUGUAAAUAGCCAUUUUUUAAGUAUGCACGCAUUGCCUGAGCUAUGGCGAAAGGAUAAAGAACAAUUGCACAGGAAUAGUGUUGUAAGUGUGUAAAUAAGAGAAUGCAUCCAUGAAAUCAUCAUAUGUUGCGCUGAUGAACCCUUCCAGACCCUUUUCUCUCUAUUAGCCGAGAAUCACACAAAGCCUUUCUGUUUGUGUAGUUGUGUCUGUAUGUAUGUGCAUGAAUAAAUUAGAAAGUACGAGAAUUCGUAGCACAUAGGUGGGAUUAACUUUUACUAUAGGUUUGCAUAAUAUAGAACAUAGAAACGAAAAGUGUA